CGCCCCUUCUGCGCGCGCACUCGGCGGAGGAGCUUGACUGGCAGCAAUCGCUGUGGCCUGUGGUGCUCGGAGCAAGAGCCAUGUCUACAUUCCGUCUGGCCCUCAUCCAGCUUCAUGUUUCUUCCAUUAAAUCAGAUAACAUUACCCGGGCUUGUAGCCUAGUCCGGGAGGCAGCAAAGCAAGGUGCCAACAUAGUUUCUCUGCCGGAGUGCUUCAAUUCUCCAUAUGGAACAAACUACUUUCCUGAAUAUGCCGAGAAGAUUCCUGGGGAGUCCACGAAGAAGCUUUCUGAGGUAGCAAAGGAGAGCAGCAUAUACCUCAUUGGAGGCUCUAUCCCUGAAGAGGAUGCUGGGAAACUGUAUAAUACCUGUGCUGUGUUUGGGCCUGAUGGAAAUUUACUGGUAAAGCACAGGAAGAUCCAUCUGUUUGACAUUGAUGUUCCUGGGAAAAUUACAUUUCAAGAAUCUAAAACAUUGAGUCCUGGUGAUAGUUUCUCCACAUUUGAUACUCCUUACUGCAGAGUGGGCCUGGGCAUCUGCUAUGAUAUGCGCUUCGCAGAGCUUGCACAAAUCUAUGCACAAAGAGGCUGCCAGCUCUUGGUGUAUCCUGGAGCUUUCAAUCUGACCACUGGACCAGCACACUGGGAGUUGCUUCAGCGAGCCCGGGCUGUUGACAAUCAGGUGUAUGUGGCUACAGUCUCUCCUGCCCGGGAUGACAAAGCCUCAUAUGUGGUCUGGGGACACAGCACUGUCGUGGAUCCUUGGGGGCAGGUCCUAACCAAAGCUGGCACAGAGGAAACAAUCCUGUACUCAGACAUAGACCUGAAGAAGCUGGCUGAAAUUCGGCAGCAAAUCCCCAUUUUAAAACAGAAACGAGAAGACCUCUAUACAGUGGCGACAAAGAAGCCUUGAUAUCUGUUUCAAAAAUGUCACAAACAGGAUGAUGCUCUGUAAGAUGAUCAACUCUACUAAAUCAUUCUUUGGGACAGGGCCCUUUUAUGUUAAUUCUAUCAAUGAUAUGUAUCACAAGGACUGCUAUUUUAAUUAAAAGUUUCUUCUUUAAAUGUGCUUGGAAACAGUGUUCUAGCUCUUAACUAAUUAAAUUAGUCUGAUGAUUUUUAGGCAUUUCAGUCUCAAGAUCCUUUUGUACAAUUAAAAAACGAAGUCUCUAAGCA